ACAAACAUCGCUUCGCGGUGGAAUAAAAUCAGUAAAUUAGCAUAGCAGACCACCAAAACGGACGGUUUAUUUAGCUUUAAGUGAAGUGACGAUAUACGUUGGUGAAGAUUUCCCGUGAGUGACCCCGAAAAUGCCAACGAUAAUUGCACUGGACGUGUCGCUGUCGAUGACACGACCUGUUCCGCCGGGAAGUAAUAGCAGUGCGGAAGAAAGUUUGACCUAUCACCAGCUGGCCAUUCAGGGGAUCAAUACAAUUCUGGACUACCUGGGGAAGCAUUCUAGGCUGGAAUUCGUGUCACUGAUUAUAUACUCCUCACUGUACGAGGUGGUGGUCGAUUUUACCCGGGACUACGAAUCGAUCCGGCAGGCGCUGCACAAGAUCGAACACUACGACAAAACCAGCCUGGAAAAUGUGCUGGUUGCAGUGAACAACAUGUUCAAAACGCACUGGGGCAAUCACAACUAUUGCCAAAUUAUAUUCAUUACCGAUUGCGGUGUCGGUAUGGGUUCCAGUUCGCUGAAGAAUACUAUUAUUAAUUUGCAAAACUAUAAGCAGCAGAGCAGCAGCAGUGGCGUCAAGGUGCCAGUAUCGGACAACCACUGGGUUGGCUUCUCCUACCCGAGCAAGCUGACCUUUAUGGGGCUGGGAAACGUGAACGAUACGGCGUUUAAGUUUGGAACAAAAUUAUACCAACAGCUGUUGGAUAUCAGUGGCCAGAAUGGGCAAAUUUACGUUCCCAAACUGAAAACCCUCUCGAUUGAUGACCCAAUCGGAGACGACGGGGACGAAAGCAACCGACAGCUGAGUCGAAAAUCUAUCCAGGAAUUGUUCGAGCGAACUUGCGAACAGAACUACAAGCAGUUCGAAGCGACCCUUCGCUGUGGAGGCUACUUUCGGCUGGAAGGAGCCAUCACAAUUUGGCCAGCACCUUUACCCUACACUUCGAAGGACAUUUUCGGAGCGGAAACCACGACAUUAAUCUCACGUAGGUUGGAAAUCUGCGGCUACAUAAGUCUGUCCGACAUCGGUUCACCGAUGUCGGUUAGCCGUCAUCUAAUUCUACCGCGAGGUGAUGGCGACAAACGUAUCUCGUCGAAGGAUAGCAAUCUUACGGCAGAGGAAAAGUUGGAAAACGACAUAAAAGCCUUUUAUGCCAAGCCUGAUGGUAGUGGUGGAGGCGGCGGUGGGGGAGAUAAUGACGACGACAGUGGUCCGGGUGGCGAUGCCACCCGCGAAUCCGUCUGUGUGCUGCUGCAUGGUGCACUGAAGGUGGAAAAUAUGGCGGCGUUGGUUCUGCUGAACGACAACUGGUACGGAUUCAUCUAUUCGUACGCUGACAGUAAGAAGAAGUCCAAUCUGAUGUUGAACGUCCUUCCACCGGGGAACGAUGUCAUACCGUGGUUGGGUGAUUUUCGGUUUCUCGGUAAUCUGGACGAUGCAUUCCCGGGUGAAAGCCCUAGUUUCCCAAUCAAAGCCGAGAAGCGAAGCUACUCGCAGAACAUUGUGGUUUGGAUUCGUCAGGCGGGGCUCCAAUCGGACAUUCAAAAGGUGCUGCGGCAUGCGAAGAAGUUGCCGGAGAAAACGCAGCACUUCUAUAAGGAGCUUAACCGAAUUCGCCGGGCCGCUUUGUCGCUUGGCUUUGUCGAACUGCUGGAAGGGCUGGCGCACAUUUUCGAACGAGAAGCGGCUACUUUGGGGGGCAGUGCCAGUCCCGAUUGCGGAAUUCAACUGAAGCAUGCAGCGAAUGAGCUGCGGAAACCCAGCAAUCGCGACCUGAAGGCGGUGAUACAGGCACUGCCGACCAAGUAUAAUCAGAUUGGUUGAUAC